AUGGACAACAACCACCACCACCACCACACCCACCAACCUCCUCAGCUCAUUCCGGCGAAGAGUUCCCGCCAGCGCUACAAUGAAUGGAUAUUUCGCGAUGUUCCAAGCGAUAUAAUGGUAGAACUGAACGGUGUCGUAUUUGCAUUGCAUAAGUUCCCUCUUGUUUCUCGAUGUGGCCGAAUCCGAAAACUGGUAUCCGAACACCGGGAAAACGCGAUAUCGAAGGUAGAACUUCUUAGUUUACCAGGAGGUAUCGAGACAUUUGAGCAGGCUGCUAAAUUCUGCUACGGUAUCAAUUUCGAGAUCACAUCAUCGAACGUUGCUCAGCUAUGUUGCAUCGCCGAUUACCUAGAAAUGACCGAGGAUUUCUCGACCCGAAACCUCAGUUCCCGUGCCAACGAGUAUCUCGACACCGUGGUCACCAAGAAUCUCGAAAUGUCUGUUGAGGUCUUGAAACAAUCCGAAAAUUUGCUCCCAUUAGCCGAUGAUCUAAAUAUAGUCACUAGAUGCAUCGAUGCUAUCGCUUCCAAGGCUUGUGUCGAGCAAAUCGCGUCGAGUUUCUCGAGACUCGAGUAUAGUAGCUCGGGCCGGCUUCAUAUGAGUCGGCAAGUGAAGGGUGAAACUGAUUGGUGGAUCAAAGAUUUAUCGGUUCUUCGAGUUGAUUUGUAUCAAAGAGUUAUGAACGCGAUGAAAUGUAGAGGGGUGAGGCCGGAAAGUAUCGGUGAAUCGCUCAUGAGUUAUGCCGAAAAAGAGUUAACGAGCUUAUACAAUCUGAACGGUAAGAAAACCGGGAGUCAUGGUGGUUCAAGUCACGAAGGAAUCGUGGUACAGACCAUUGUCAGUUUACUUCCGGUCGAGAAACUUGCGGUGCCGUUAAGUUUCCUUUUCGGGCUUUUGCGGACCGCGGUGAUGCUCGAUUGCACCGCAGCGUGUCGGAUCGAUCUCGAGAGACGGAUCGGGUCGCAGUUAGACAUAGCAACGCUUGAUGAUCUUCUGAUUCCGUCUUUCCGGCAUGCAGAUGAUACGUUGUUUGAUGUCGAUGUGGUUCAUAGGAUUCUGGUUAGUUUUUCACAGCAAGAUGAUAGUGAUGAUGAAAUGGAAGAUGGUGACGGUGAUGGCGAUGGUUCAGGGUUCGAGUCCGAUGGGCCUGGUUCACCAUCGCAAACGGCUUUAGUCAAAGUUUCGAGGCUGGUCGACAAUUAUCUCGCUGAAAUCGCACCGGAAACGAACCUUAAACUCUCUAAAUUCAUCGCUGUUGCGGAAAGUUUGCCGGCACACGCUCGCACGGUUCAUGACGGUCUGUAUCGAUCCAUCGAUGUUUAUCUCAAAGCUCACCAGGGUCUAUCGGAAUUCGACAAGAAGAAGCUCUGCAAAUUAAUCGAUUUCCAUAAACUCUCACCGGAAGCUGGCGCACACGCCGCCCAGAACGAACGCCUUCCUCUUCAAUCCAUCGUUCAAGUUCUGUACAUCGAGCAGCUAAGCCUGAGAAACGCAUUAGGCUGCAGUUACCCUGACGACAACCACCUGAAACCACCGGUCCACCACCAAUCGUGGCGGAUCAACAGCGGAGCUCUCAGCGCCGCCAUGUCUCCAAAAGACAACUAUGCAUCAUUGAGGCGCGAAAACCGCGAGUUGAAGCUCGAGUUGACUCGGUUGAGAAUGCGAUUGAACGAUUUCGAGAAGGAACAUGUGUCGAUGAAGAGGACCAUGGAAAAAUCGAACUCACGAAAGUUUAUGAGUUCGUUCUCGAAGAGAAUAGGUAAAUUUCAUCUAUUUGGGCAUAGUUCUUCUUCAAGAGGAUCAAGUUCUCCAUCAAGGCAUUCACAGAGAACAGAUUCUAAGGUUACAGUGAGGACAGAAUGAAGCAAGUUUACCGAACGUUUACACGGUAAGUGUUUACUGGGUGUCACUUAGGGCUGUUUGGUUGGUUUUCC